ACGGUUCUUGGGUACUUGGCUGAUGCUGAACAUAUUACAGUUGCUGAACUUCACAGACGCUACAAUUUGCCUUUGGAAUAAUUUACAUUGGCUUUUUACAGUUUGAUUUACUUAGAUCUUUAGUAAUAAUGUCGGACACUUCCGAAGAAACUGUCAAAUCUGAACGUUCUAAUGAUAAGGAAGACAGCACAUGCCGAGAUUUUGCUCGUGGCCUCUGCGAUAGGAAAUUUUGUAAAUAUAAACAUGAAACUGACAGUAGGACACUAAAUUUCUGCCAUGACUAUCAAAAUAAUAUCUGCCCCAGGCCUCAUUGCAAAUUCAUCCAUUGCACUCCAGAAGAAGUAGAUGAAUACAAAAGGACCGGAGAGAUGUCGAAUCAAAUUCUGGCAGAGGCAACUCGAAAGAAUCAAUUACCGGGAACACCCCCUAUCUGUAAUCAGUUCAAAAAAGGUCUGUGUCGCAGAACGUUUUGUAAAUUCCGGCAUCUGUCGAAAGAACAGGAGGAGACGGAGAUAUUGGAGUUAAUCCAGAACAAUACCCAAAGAAAGCAUACCAAUUUACUGAGGAAUAAUGUCAAUGAGUCUCAUUUUGUUACUGUAGAAUCAGUUAAUGGAGUUAAUGAGGUAUUAAGAAGAAAUGGUGUCAGCUUUGAUGAAUAUAAAGACAGUGGGCUUCCUUUGGUAAAAAGAAGAUUUUUGUCCACUCAGGAUCAGGAAAUACUGUCAUGCGAUGUAAUAGAAGACCGAACAAGACCUGUUUUUAAGGGAUAUUUUGCCGGGAAUCCCCCAUCUCCAAUGCUCACUAGGGUCGACGCUAGGAGUUUAAUGUUGGAAGAGGAAAACACUUUGUUACACAAAGAAAUAGCUCAACUUAAAAGACAAGUGUCCGAUCUCACAGCAACAAAUGAGUUCCUCCUGGAUCAAAAUGCCACGUUAAGAGUAUCUGGCAAACAUAACGGUACAGUCAAUGUUCCAGCUGUGACUAUAACAAACACGAAUACGCCGCCGCAACAGGUCAACAGGACGGUCAUAGCGAGCGUCGCUACUGUCCCAGUUUCCCUCGCCACAGUUUCCACUUGCAAUCCGGUGUCUGGAAAUCAUUCGGUCUCCAUAGCCGGAUGCCCCGCAGUCAGUAUCGCGUCCCCCGCUCAACUCCUGGCCUCUAAUCAGCAGAUACUUGUUACGACAAACCCUACGCCACAGCUGGCCAUUGCCAACAGCAACCAGGCGCAGCUAGCCAUCGCACAACAAAACCUGGCCAACAAUUUAGCCCAACAGGCGCAACCCCAACUAACCUCGCAGGCCCAGCAACUGGCACUCGCCACAACCACCCAACAGUUGACUUCUCAAGCCCAGCACAUGGCCAACCAGCAGCUGGCCCUAGCCAGCACCCCUCAGCAGCUCACCUCCCAACCCCAACAGCUGACUCUGGCCAAUAACCCCCAAACACACCAACAGCUGAACCAGCAACUGUCCUCCCAAGCUCAACAGCUAGCCAAUCAGCAGCUGAACUCGCAGGCCCAACAGCUGGCCAAUCAACAGCUGACAUCUCAAGCUCAACAAUUGGCUCUCGCGAAUACAACUCAACAAUUAACGUCCCAAGCUCAACAGUUGGCCCUGGCCAAUACAACUCAACAGUUGACCUCACAAGCGCAGCAACUCGCACUGGCUAAUACUCCACAGCAGUUGGCAGUGGCUAAUGUUCCACAACAGUUAGCUCUAGCCAGCACCAAUCAGCAGCUAUUAGCGCAGCAAAACUUGGCUUCCAGCCAACAAAUGCAGGAAAUGCACAGGAACAGUCAGAUGAAUGCCAUUAAUACGUCGCAGGCUAUAGCCAUGUCGAAUGCGUCGCAGCCCAUGGUGUCUUAUCCGAUUAUGACUCAAAGCAUAAACCACGCACUGACGCAUUGAUUCAGACAGUAGUUGUGUUAAGUGCGAUCAACUUUUUUACAGAAGUAGUUUGAGUUAUUCCACAUAAUUUAUAUUUAAUUUAAAUCAAUUGGGUACCAGUAUUUAAAAAGUUUUGUGAAGGGACAAAAAUGUGAGUUUUGCAGUUUGUGAUUUGUUUCCAAUAUUUUACGAAGCAAGUCAUGAAUGGAUAUGUCCUAAAUGUGGUUGUGAAAAGAAGAAUGUCCGAUACGGAUUUUGUAGUGGUUGCUUUUAUUUUUAUAAGGGAAAAAAA